UAUAUAUAUAUAAUCAAUUUUUUUACAGUAACUUCAAAAACAAAACCAGAUUAUACGAGAUUAUUAGUACAACUUAAUCUCUAUUCUAUAAGGCAACACAUGGGGGACACCAAAAAAUAGAAAAAGGAAAAAAAAAAAAAAUAAAGGAUAACUAACUGUUUCAUUUGAAUGAAGAAGGGGGGAAAUUAAGACAUUUAAAAUAUCAGUUUUUUUGAUAACAUAAAAUAUAAAGACAAUUAUUCUACCCAAUUAAUUUUAUUUUCUACUUCAUAUAUUAUCAUAUGUUAUCGCAGGCAUUGCGUUGUAAGACUAGUUAACUUAAUCAAAACUCAUCAGCACCAACCACGCUGAAACGCAUCAUUUUACCUCUUCUCUGACCUCUGUCUUUCUCUUACCAAAAAAUUCAGUUCCCGUUAACUCUUUAAUUUCUUAUUCAUUUCCACGUGGCCCCCGCUCUCAGCUUACGUGUCAUAAUCCAACCUAAUUUUUUUUCCCGUUACUACUCCACAUAUAAAUUCCACUUCCACACUAUUCCUUUCUUACACUCCCACUUAAAAAUAGAAACUUCUAAACUCAUAAUUUUAGUCAUAAACCCAAAAAAAAUCAACAUUUUCUCUCUCCUCAAAAUUACAGUAAAUUUCUACUUUUAGCAAUAAUAACAAUGGCGGACUCCAACGGUCGGAAAUUACUGGUGGAAGUCUGUAAUGCAAAGAAUUUGAUGCCGAAAGAUGGUCAAGGAACAGCUAGUGCAUUUGUAAUGGUUGAUUUCGAUGGCCAACGACGUCGUACUAAGACGAUUUCACGAGAUCUUAACCCUAAUUGGGAUGAGAAGCUUGAAUUUGUUAUUCACAAUGUAGAAUCUAUGGAUUCUGAGGUUCUAGAGUUGAAUGUAUACAACGAUAAGAAAACAGGAAAACGAACUAAUUUUCUCGGAAAAGUUAAGAUUUCUGGAAGUACUUUCGAGAAAUUAGGGUCGGAAACUCUUGUUUAUUAUCCGUUGGAAAAACGUAGUGUUUUUUCUCAGAUUAAAGGCGAGAUUGGACUUAAGGUCUGGUACGAGGAUCCGCCGGAAAAUGUGGCGGUUCCGGCGGAAGAGGCGAAGAAACCGGCGGAGGAGGAGGUAGAGAAAAAAGAGGAGGUUGAGAAGAUUGAAGAUGAGAAGAAAAAAGAGGAGGAUCAAGAGAAGAAAGUAGAUGAAAAGCCGCCGGAGGAAAAUCAACCUUCGGCGGCUAAAGAUGAGACAAGUAAGGAGGUGGUGGUGGAGGUGGAGGUUGCGCCACCACCUCCGCCGCCUGAUACGGCGGCGGAGGUGGUGGUGGAGGUGGUUAAUCCGCCGGUUGCGGAGAGCGAAAAGCCGAAAGAUGAGAAGAAAAGUUUAGAGGUUUCGAGAGCGAAUGGCGGUGGUGUUGGUGAAAUAGACCUGCGGUCUAUUUCAGGUUCUGAGAGGAGGCAUGGAGCAGGGUAUGAUUUGGUUGAUAGAAUGCCAUUUUUGUAUGUUAGGGUGGUGAAAGCGAAACAAUCGAAUUUAGAAGGUGAUGCAUUGAAUUAUGCUAAAUUAGUGAUUGGAACUCAUAGUAUUAAAACGACGUCGGAGAAGAAUGGUAAAGAUUGGGAUCAAGUGUUUGCUUUUGAUAAGGAAGGGUUAAAUUCGAGUUCACUUGAAGUGUCAAUUUGGAGAGAGAAUAAAAAGGAAGAAGUUGUUGAGGAAUUAUGUGUAGGAACAGUUUCAUUCGAUCUGGGAGAAGUGCCUAAACGUGUACCACCAGAUAGUCCUUUAGCUCCACAAUGGUACACUUUGGAAGUUGUUGGAUCCGAAGCUGGGAGUAAUGAUGUGAUGGUGGCGGUUUGGAUCGGAACCCAAGCUGAUGAAGCUUUUCAGGAGGCUUGGCAAUCGGAUUCGGGUGGGUUGAUUCCGGAAACCCGAGCCAAAGUUUAUUUAUCUCCGAAGCUGUGGUAUUUGCGUGUAACGGUUAUCCAAACCCAAGAUUUACAAUUGGGUUUGGGUUCGGGAUCUUCCGAACCUAAGGUUCGGGGUCCGGAGCUCUAUGUGAGGGCUCAGCUUGGUGGUCAGGUUUUUAAAACGGUUCGGAUGGUGUGGGGGUCCACAAAUCCUACGUGGAAUGAGAGUUUGGUGUUUGUAGCUUCGGAGCCGUUUGAUCCGUUUUUGGUGGUAACGGUUGAGGAUGUGACAAGUGGACAAUCGGUCGGAUAUGCUAAGGUACACGUGGCGAGCAUUGAGCGCAGGACUGAUGAUCGAGCACAACCAAAAUCGAGGUGGUUCAAUUUGGUUGGUGAGGAUGAGAAAAAGAAGCCUUAUGCGGGGAGAAUACACUUGAGGACUUGCAUUGAGGGUGGGUAUCACGUGCUUGACGAGGCAGCUCACGUGACUAGUGAUGUCCGAGCCUCAGCUAAGCAACUUGCCAAACCUCCUAUUGGGUUGCUUGAGGUUGGGAUCCGCGGAGCCAAUAAUUUAUUGCCCGUUAAGACCAAGGAUGGGACUCGUGGUACAACAGAUGCUUAUGUGGUAGCCAAGUACGGACCCAAGUGGGUCCGUACUCGUACUAUUCUUGAUAGGUUCAACCCUCGAUGGAAUGAGCAGUAUACAUGGGACGUGUAUGACCCAUGUACGGUUCUCACUAUAGGGGUGUUUGACAAUGGGCGGUAUUACAAAGAUGAAGCUUCUAAACCCGGGAAGGAUCUCCGGAUUGGGAAGCUACGAGUACGUUUAUCAGCCCUUGACACGAACCGAGUUUACUUAAACACAUACCCGCUUACUGUAUUGCUCCCGGGUGGUGCAAGAAGGAUGGGUGAGAUAGAGAUAAGCAUUAGAUUUACUUGCUCCUCUUGGAUUAGUCUUCUUCAAGCAUACUCAAGUCCAAUGUUGCCUAGAAUGCAUUAUGUGUGUCCAUUGGGACGAGCCCAACAAGAUAUCUUGCGCCACACGGCUAUGAAGAUUGUGAUUGCUAGGCUAGCUCGUUCCGAGCCACCUUUGGGCAUAGAGGUGGUCCAAUACAUGCUUGAUUCAGACACCCACAUAUGGAGCAUGAGGAAGAGCAAGGUAAAUUGGUUUAGGGUGGUUAAUGGGCUAUCUAAAGUAGCUACUUUAGCUCGAUGGCUCAAUGGUAUCCGAACAUGGGCACACCCACCAACUACCAUUCUAGUCCACAUUGUACUAAUAUCUAUUGUCAUAUGCCCACACCUUGUGCUGCCAACAUUCUUCAUGUAUGCUUUCUUAAUCCUAGCCUUUCGAAUUAGGUACCGUGCCAAGGUCCCUCUUAGCAUGGACCCUCGCAUAUCUUGUGUCGAUGUAAUCACCAACGACGAGCUCGAUGAAGAGUUUGAUGGGUUACCGACCACACGGUCACCUGACGUGGUUAGGAUUAGAUACGAUAGGCUUAGAGCCUUGGCGGGAAGGGCCCAAUCAUUUUUGGGGGAUAUGGCAGCACAAUGGGAGAGAGUUGAAGCCUUGUAUAAUUGGAGGGAUCCAAGGGCGACAGGAAUUUUUUUGGUAGUUUGCUUGGUAGCAUCUUUAGCAUUCUAUAUGGUGCCAUUUUGGGGAUUUGUGUUGGGUUCAGCAUUUUACUACUUGAGACAUCCUAAGUUUAGGGGUGACAUGCCAUCUGUUCCGGCAAACUUUUUCCGGCGACUACCCUCGCUUUCCGAUCAGAUUCUCUGAAGUUGUAAUAGGUUAAGGGAAUUCUGUUGAACACUAAUUAGUAUUAGAUGUUGCUUCAUGAUUAUGUUAUCUUAAUGAAGGAUCUACUACCACAUUUUUUUUGUUGUCA